GUAACACGUCUGGACAAGUCCUCUUUUUCUGAAGGUGUCUUCCUUUGAACUCGCACCUCUUUCUUCAGUCAACACUCCAUCCAAUACACACUCAUCAUCACCAGCAACACAUCGAAAAUGGCCGGUCUUCCCGCUCCUGUUGAUGGUGCCAGCCAGUUGGGUGUGGAUGGCACGGAUGAGGGAUGGUUUUCACCCGCAGAUGCUGUCAUGCUCGAAGGCAUCAUGUUUUCGGAGGAUGGAGAUGUGCCGAUGGAAAACCGCGACACCAACGACAUGCGAAUCGCCCAAAACAACCACAUCCCACCCAACGACCCGCAAAUAAACCAGAACGACCAUGUUCCAGAACAGAGACAAAUCCCAAUGCUGGAACAUUACCACGUUGUUUUGAAAGCCAACAGUUCGCCCACACAAGCCACCAAGGUCUGGAAAGACUACGUGCGCUUUGCUUAUGGAAAGAAGCGCUUGACAGACACUGAGAUUGUGUGUUUGAAGGCCCUCCAAGACGCUUACUACCGAUGUAGGGCCGACACAGACAGUGCUGCCGGUGAUAACGAUGCCUUUCCCAGGGUAACCUUUUGGGUGAGCGUGGCAACCGUAACCAACAAGAACAGGCCUGGGUGGACUACCGACAUCGAUGACAUCCGUUAUGCCCCGGUCAGUGACAAGGAGUUCAUGAAAGUCGUCCCUGCCAGUGACGAAUGUUUGCGGGAUGAGAUCAAGAACAACGGGGGAAGGUCCACGCUGGAUCGCAAGACUACCACCAAGCGCAAGAAGAAGGACGCGGUGCCCACAGUGGGUUCUAUUCAGCCACCACCACAACCGUUGGCCGUCGUCGUUUCAAGUAGCCCGCCCAUUGCCAACAGAAAAUUCACCCUCUCUGGUUUGACGAGGCUGAAGGAACGUGCUAUGGAGGUGAGCGAACAAUGGGCCCACGAGAGCACAGAGUUGGCAGAGGUAGUGUUCAAGGAGUGGCUGGUUCAAAUGUUUGAAGCUGACAUGGUUCACUAUCAGUCACUCUUACACGAGAACCCACCAAAAGGUGCACCGAGAGCCGAUGCUUACGAGCCGCAUCGUCAGGGCCUCCACGAAAGCCUGCUUCCAGAGAUUGUUAAUCGGUUGGGGAAUGGUAUGGUCCAGUGGUACGAAGAGGACUACAGGAGCAGGACGGCCAAACCCCCCUCUUUGUCCUUGAAUGAUCCGGAGAUGGGUCACGCAGGGGCAAUGGACGAGAGCACGGUCACCAUGGACACAGAGAGCCAAUUCGGAUCCGAGUCCGCGUGGACAUCCUCAGAGGUCGAUGACGCUACAACUGCAACGUGCAGCAGUAGUGUUGGUGAGAGUGGAAGCAUCUCACUCAAUCGAGGAGUGAAGUUCCAGUUGAAGGCUUGGAAACAAGGGGCCACUGGCGCUAUUCUUCCGAGCCCUCCUGCGAGGCAAGCUGACACAAGAGAGGUACUCCCCCCAAACGGGAAAAGUGCUGGUGCGGCAGCAGCACGCACUUUCUACCCGGCACAGGCAUAUGGAUACAAAAGACCAGAGGCACCUCCUGUCACCGGCCGUGCUGCUGCCUAUUGCGUGCUUGGAAACGCCCUUGGUACUGCCAAUCGAGCCAAGGGCGACUACGACGGGGCGUUGACGUGGUUCCAAAAAGCAUUGACUCGGCAGGAAACUGUCUUUGGUAGGAACCACCCCGUGACAGCCAAAUCUCAUUAUGACAUUGGCACAAUACUACACGAGCAAGGAAACUACGAGGGGGCUCGGGUGGAGUACCGCAAAGCGCUCGCUAUUUGGAAGUCAGUGAUUGGGAAAGAGAAAGAUACUGCAACAGUGUAUCACAAUAUUGGCAACGUCCUCAGCGCAUACGAAUCGCUGCAGGAUCUUUAGAGGCAGAACAACGGAGCCAAUGUCCCGUUGCUCAGACGUCCCUCUGGCAUCGAAUUCACGAAGAUCAAUCUUCGGCCACCACCGGCCAUCAGGCGGCCAAUUCAUGCAAUCUUCGUCUGGAAAAAUACGUAUGAGGCCACGACCUCGAACAUACAUACUAAUAACAUACAUUGGCGACUAACGCCACGCUACAGAACAAUGGUUUG